CCGGCCGGUCCGGCCGUCUGACCUUCCAGGGCCACCGCGGGGGUGCGGGCGCGGCCGGAGCGCGGGCCCCGGACCGACCCUCCGCAGCCUCCCUGCCCAUUCCCCCUGCGCCCUGCGCCCUGCUGCUCCCCGCUCCGUGACCGCCGCCGCCCCGCCGCGGCCCGGCACCGCCCCGGCCGGCGGAUGUCGGGGGCUAUCUUCGCGCCCCUGGAGGGUCCGGGCAUCCUGGACGCGGCGAGCGGACACCCGCUCGUGUGCCCGCUGUGCCACGCGCAGUACGAGCGCCCGUGCCUGCUGGACUGCUUCCACCACUUCUGCGCCGGCUGCCUGCGCGGCCGCGCCGCCGACGGCCGCCUGGCCUGUCCGCUGUGCCGACACCAGACGGUGGUGAAAGGCCCCAGCGGGCUCCCCCCGGUGGACCGGCUGCUGCAGUUCCUCGUGGACAGCUCCGGGGACGGCCUGGAGGUGGUGCGCUGUGCCAACUGCGACCUGGAGUGCGGCCAGCAGGACGCCGAGACCACGUACUUCUGCAACACGUGCGGGCAGCCGCUGUGUGCGCGCUGCCGCGAGGAGACGCACCGGGCCCGCAUGUUCGCGCGCCACGACAUCGUGGCCCUGGGCCAGCGCAGCCGCGACGUGCUCCAGAAGUGCGCGCUGCACGCGGAGCCCUACAUCAUGUUCUCCACCGACAAGAAGUCGCUGCUGUGCAUCCGCUGCUUCCGGGACCUGCAGGGGGAGAGCCGAGCCCACUGUGUGGACCUGGAGUCGGCCUACGUGCAGGGCUGCGAGCGGCUGGAGCAGGCGGUGCUGGCCGUGAAGGCCCUGCAGACGGCCACGCGGGAGGCCAUCGCGCUGCUGCAGGCGAUGCUGGAGGAGGUGCGGCGCAGCGCGGCGGAGGAGGAGGCCUCCAUCCACUCCCUGUUCGGCAGCUUGCAGGACAAACUGGCGGAGAGGAAGGCGCUGCUGCUGCAGGCUGUGCAGAGCCAGUAUGAGGAGAAGGACAAGGCCUUCAAGGUGCAGCUCUCCCACCUGGCCACUCUGCUGCCCACCCUGCAGGUUCACCUGGUCAUCUGCUCCUCCUUCCUCAGCCUGGCCAGCAAGGCCGAGUUCCUGGACCUGGGCUAUGAGCUGAUGGAGAGGCUGCAGGGCAUCGCCACGCGGCCGCACCGCCUCCGGCCGGCGCAGAGCAGCAAGAUCGUCAGCGACCACCGCGCCGAGUUCGCUCGCUGCCUGGAGCCGCUGCUGCUGCCGCCGGGGCCGCGCCGCGCUGCGGGUGCCGGGGGCGGCCCCAGCCCGCUGGCAGGGGUCUCAGGCCCCAAGGUGCUGGUGCCCAGCUGCCCCUCCCCGGUGGGGAAGAUGUUGGGGUCCCCGGUCCAGAAGCCCACGCUGCACCGGUCCAUCGGCACCAAGGUGCUGCUGGCGGAGGGCGAGGACACGCCCUUCCUGGAGCACUGCCGCCACUAUGAGGACUCGUACCGGCGCCUGCAGGCGGAGAUGCAGAGCCUGAAGGACCAGGUCCAGGAGCUGCACCGGGACCUCACCAAGCACCACUCGCUCAUCAAGGCCGAGAUCAUGGGAGACAUCCUCCGCAAGGCCCUGCAGGUGGACGCGCAGAUCGCCUCGGAGUACGCCUCCGUGGAAGGGAUGAGAGCAGCCUUCCAGGAGAUGUGGGAGGAGUCCUACCAGCGGGUGGCUAACGAGCAGGAGAUUUACGAAGCCCAGCUCUAUGACCUCCUCCAGCUGAAGCAGGAGAAUGCCUACCUGACCACCAUCACCAAGCAGAUCACACCCUACAUCCGCUCGAUUGCCAAGGUGAAGGAGCGGCUGGAGCCCAGGUUCCAGGCGCCCGUGGACGAGGAGUCAGAGCAGCUCCAAGACCUGGGCGACGACAGCGCGAGCGACGAGGCCCAGGCCAGGAGUGACCCAGUGUGUGGGGCGGACAAGAGGGAGAAGACCUCGGAGCCGAGAGGAAACAGCCGGACCCCGCACAGCCUCACGGAAGAGCCUCCCCUGCAGAACAAAGAUCCUCAUAGACCCAAAGCGAGAAACGGGGGUGACGUCCCCCCACGGAGGGAGCGCCCCACCUAGCAGAUGGGGCUGGUCCCAGGGGCGUGGGCCUGUAAGAAAAGCGCGCUCCCACCAUGAUGUUUCACAGGGUGAAGGGGGAUCGCUUAUCGGCAGUAAAACCCAGAAACUCACGGGUCCUCAUUUCAGUCCCGUGUUCACGUGGCACAAAGUCUUGGCUCUCAUCACGGUGACAGGGGACGAGUCCUAGGCCACAUGGUUGUUCAAUGAAGAGACACCCAGCUCAGCCGGUGUGGCUCCGUGGUUGAGCAUCAAUCUAUGAACCAGGUCACAGUUUGAUUCCGGAUCAGGGCACAUGCCCAGGUUGUAGGCUCUGUCCCCAGUAGGGGGCGUGCAGGAGGCAGCCGAUCCAUGAUUCUCAUCAUUGCU